AUGGCCCCCGCCCGCCGCCCCGCCGGAGCCCGCCUGCUGCUCGUCUACGCGGGCCUACUGGCCGCCACCGCCGCCGGCCUCGGCUCCACGGAGCCUGGCGCGCCCGCGGGGAGCCGCGCCCGCGAGGAGCCGCCGCCCGGGAACGAGCUGCCCGCGGGCCCCGGGAAGAGCCGCGCGGGGCCGGCUGGCCGCCCGCCGGAGCCCAGCACCGAGCGAGCACACGGCAUCGACCCUCAUGACGCCUGGAUGCUCUUCGUCAGGCAGGGUGACAAGGGCGUCAACAGCAAGAAGGGGAGCAGAGGCAAGGCCAAGAAGCUGAAGCUUGGCCUGCCAGGGCCCCCAGGGCCCCCCGGCCCCCAGGGCCCCCCAGGCCCUAUCAUCCCACCAGAGGUACUGCUGAAGGAGUUCCAGCUGCUGCUGAAAGGCGCGGUGCGGCAGCGCGAGCGUGCGGAGCCCGAGCCCUGCACGCGCGGCCCCGCCACGGUCCCGGCCGCCACCCGGGGGGAUGAGGAGGAGCAGGAGGCGGCGGGGGGCGCGGGCGUGCUGGCGCUGCUGGCCGCGCCCCUGGCCCCGGGCCCGCGGGCGCCGCGCGUCGAGGCCGCCUUCCACUGCCGCCUGCGCCGGGACGCGUCGGUGGAGCGGCGCGCGCUGCACGAGCUCGGCGUCUACUACCUGCCCGACGCCGAGGGUGCCUUCCGCCGCGGCCCGGGCCUGAACCUGACCAGCGGCCAGUACACGGCGCCCGUCGCCGGCUUCUACGCGCUCGCCGCCACGCUGCACGUGGCGCUCGGGGAGCAGCCGAGACGGGGGCCGCCGCGCCCCCGGGACCGCCUGCGCCUGCUCAUCUGCAUCCAGUCCCGGUGCCAGCGCAACGCCUCCCUGGAGGCUGUGGUGGGCCUGGAGAGCAGCAGCGAGCUCUUCACCGUCUCGGUAAAUGGCGUGCUGUAUCUGCAGAUGGGGCAGUACACCUCCGUCUUCCUGGACAAUGCCAGUGGCUCCUCCCUCACCGUGCGCAGCGGCUCCCACUUCAGCGCUGUCCUCCUUGGUGUGUGAGCGGCCACCCCAGGCCCUUCCUCUUGCCGGGCAAACGGAGCUGGGGUCCAAAGGAUCUCUGGGCAGUGUCGGAGUGGCAAAGGCCACACACAGGAGGAAGUCCACUGGAAAUGCCCACACUAGCCACCGCAGUUCAGCCCAAAGACGGCCACGACAGGCAGCCCCAGAAGGUGACAUGCAAACCAGCAGUCCCAAAACCCAGAUGAUUCCAGGAUGCCGCCUUUUAAAAGGGGAAAAGCCCUCUUGGGCUGUUACUCUGGAAACGUUUCUAGUUGGGUUUGGCGCACCCAGGAGCACUUGCUUCAUCCCUGACUGCAGACCAGGCCCCCCUGCUGGCCGGUUGGGCAGCUUGCCCAGACCGCCUCAGCUGCUUUGCUGUGGCAGAUCCCCACCUUUUCCAACUUUCUUAGCAUUCUCGUGGGCUGCCAGGAGCACUAGCACAGAGGGGAAAGGCCGGUCAGCCUGCCCGGGUGCCCUGUGUGGAGGGGCAGCCUGUGCAGGCUGCGGGGCUUCCCGGGGAAAGCAAGCUGUGUGGCCAGGCUGGCUCGAGCCAGAGCCUUCCCACAGCUCCCCGUGUCCACCUGGGCCCCCUGCUCCACGCCUGCCCCUCCCCCAGCUGUGCCUGUGGCCUGCCCGUGGACCUCAGGGCGCUGCUUGGCCUGCAGUGACCACAGGACCCAAGGCUCUCGCUGUGGCUCCUUGGCAAAGCAGCCUUGGAAACCAGAGGGAUGCUGGAAAGGGGCUUAUGGGGGGACAGUGAGAAUCUGGGCCCAGCUUCCAGGAGCUGUCUUCACUUCUCAUGUGUGCACGUUAACCUGCAAGUUCACUUUGCAAAUGGCUUUUCCAAAUAGGAGCUGCACUCUUCGCCUCCUCUGCAAAUCCUUCAUAGACAAGGUCCCUUUUCCUAUCCCCUUUGAGGUCUGAGGCACUGCUAGGGUCCACCCACCAGAUGGAAGAUCUAGAACAUCUUUACAGAUGAGAGACGGCCAGGCCCUGCCUACCCAUCUGAACAGAUAAAGCAGAGGCGUCCCGGGAGCUGACAGAGCCCACUGCCCACCUAGGGCCUCACUGGGUCCUGCCAGCUCCGAGGUUCUUCUCCAGUUGGGUGGAAGUGUGGUCCCCAAGCUCAGACAGGUGGAGAAGGACAUGGUGCCAAGAAAGCGCUGGUCUUGGGAAGGCUAGGUCCCAAGUCUGCUGUGCUGCCGUAGCAGUGAUGGGACUGGGGUGGGGGUGGGGGGUGUU